CAGCGCACCCUGGGCCCCGCACCCCCAGCCCGGCGCCCCCGCGUCCUGCACCCCCAAGCCUGGUGCCCCCGUAUCCCACUGCCCCCAACCCCGUCCCGCACCCACCGUAUCCCAGUCCGUCCUGCGCCCCCUGUGUCUCGGCUCCCCCGUAUCCCAUAACCCCCCCCCGUGUCCUGUGCCCCCUGCGUCCUGCACCCCCCGUAUCCCGGCGCCCCCGAACCCCAGCGCCUGGCUGGGCGAUGAGCGAGCUCAAGGACUGCCCGCUGCAGUUCCACGACUUCAAGUCGGUGGAUCAUCUGAAGGUCUGCCCACGCUACACCGCCGUGCUGGCCCGCUCCGAGGACGAUGGCAUCGGCAUCGAGGAGCUCGACACGCUGCAGCUGGAGCUGGAGACGCUGCUGUCCUCGGCCAGCCGCAGGCUGCGGGUGCUGGAGGCAGAGACGCAGAUUUUGACAGACUGGCAGGACAAGAAGGGGGACAGGCGGUUCCUGAAGCUGGGCAAAGAGCAUGAACUGGGCACCCCAGUUAAACACGGCAAGCCCAAGAAGCAGAAACUAGAGGGGAAGGGUGGCCAUGGCACAGGGCCCGGCCCUGGGCGGCCCAAAUCCAAGAAUCUCCAGCCCAAGAUCCAAGAAUAUGAAUUUCCAGACGACCCAGUUGACAUGCCUCGGAUCCCCAAAAACGAUGCCCCGAACAGGUUCUGGGCCUCAGUGGAGCCCUACUGUGCUGACCUGACCAGUGAGGAGGUGCGAACCCUGGAGGAGCUGCUCAAACCCCCGGAGGAUGAGGCUGAGCACUUCAAGAUCCCACCCCUGGGGAAGCAUUACUCUCAGCGCUGGGCCCAGGAGGAUCUGCUGGAGGAGCAGAAGGAUGGCGCCCGGGCAGCAGCUGCUGCUGACAAGAAGAAAGGCAUCCUGGGACCGUUAACAGAGCUGGACACAAAAGAUGUGGACGCCCUGCUGAAGAAGUCAGAGUCCCAGCAGGAGCAGCCUGAGGACGGCUGCCCUUUUGGGCCCUUGACGCAGCGCCUCCUGCAGGCACUUGUCGAGGAGAACAUCAUCUCGCCCAUCGAGGACUCCCCGAUCCCAGAGCUGGCGGGCAAAGACUCCGGAGCUGACGGUGCCGGUACUUCGCCCCGCAGCCAGAACAAACCCUUCAGCGUCCCCCACACCAAGUCCCUGGAGGGGCGGCUCAAAGAGGAGCUGAUUGCCCAAGGCCUGCUGGAGUCGGAGGACCGCCCCCCCGAGGACUUGGAGGACGAGGUCCUGGCGGAGCUGCGCAAGAGGCAGGCCGAACUUAAGGCGCUCAGCGCUCACAACCGGGCCAAGAAGCAGGAGCUGCUCAGGCUGGCCAAGGAUGAGUUGCACAGGCAGGUUCUGCGGCAGCGUGUGCGCAUGGCUGACAAUGAGGUCAUGGAUGCCUUCCGCAAGAUCAUGGCGGCACGCCAGAAGAAGCGCACACCCACCAAGAAGGAGAAGGACCAGGCCUGGAAGACCCUGAAGGAGCGUGAGAGCAUCCUCAAGCUCCUGGAUGGCUAAUGGGGAAGUGCCACACCGCCCUGUCUCUCCGGACUGGCUGCCCAGCUGGGCUCCCUCUGCCUGCACUGACAGCUCCUCGCUGGGGACGGGGAGGCUCCAACCCUUGGCCUUAGAAGUGACUUCCCCGUCCCUGUCUCAGUGGGGCUGGGCACGGGCUCAGCUCUGCCUGGGGCCAGGCGGGAGGGGUUUGCCAGGCCCUGGGGAGACAGCCCCCAUGCGUGUCCCCGCCUGCGGCUCUGAACCUGGUAGCACCUCCCUGAGCAGCUCUCUGUACUCCCCCUUCUCCCUGGGGUGCCCAGCUUCUCUGCAUCUCCCUUCCCUACUAUGCUGUGCAAGGGGCGAUCUGGGGAGCAGGUGAUCUGCAGGGGUGGGUGCUGCGCAGGGCUGGGACAGGGCCCAGGGCCCUUCUCCUAGGUCUGUUCUUCGGAGCCCCGUUGCAGCCAAGGGCAGAGAGGGCUCCCUCACCCGUCUGCCUGUAGGCGGCACCCUUUCCUUUCUGGCCCAUCUGGCUGUUGACCCAGAGCCCUUGUCUGGCUGCAGGAAAGAGCCACCCAUCAGCCCCGGGACCGCACAAGCACAGCUGCCUGUCUGGAAGGGUCCCUGGUCCCUGGAGGGCAGUUCUUGCUGCCUCCCUCCUGGUCACACGGGCAGGGGCAGGGGCUGACCAGCCCUGCUAGCAUAGCCCCAGCCUCCAAAGGGCCGAGCUCCCCUGCGCCGGGGAACACAGCCUGAAGCCAAGCAGGGAGGCGCUGCCUGGAGAACCCAGCGGGUUGGGUGCCCCCUGCAGUGCCCAAUUGUGAGCAGCAGAGGGUGCUGUGACCCUGGGAACAGCCGCGCCUGCAGCCAGCUGGGCCCUGCUGUUAUUCUUGGAAAGCCAUGACAUCAGCCAUGCUGCAGCGGGGGGCUGGAGCAGCUGCAGCCCCCGUCUCACUGCCUGGGGGGGAGAGACAGACCACUGGACAGUGCAUCUCUGUUCCCCUUCCAGCUUAGUCCCCAGGUGCGGAGAGAGCUGCCGAAGCAGGGGGCUGUAGCUGUCCCCCUCCCCCUGGGCGGGGGGCUGGCCCCUGGGGAGCGGGGCUAGAAGGCUCCAUGGCCGGAGGCUGUCUAGCCCCGGGAGGGAGCUGCUGAAGUGCAGAGGGAAGGUGAGGCCCAAAGGGCAGCCCCUCACUUUGCCUCAGGCCAGUGCAGCAGUGGGACCGGAGCAUGCCCCUGCUGUAUCAGUCACGCCAGGCCAGAUCUGGCGGUGCUGGGUGGGCAGGAAGGCAGUAGCAAAUGGAGGGGCAGGGGAUGGAUCUCUGCCUCUGCCCAGCAAGUGACUAGCCCCUGGCUGAAGCCUGGGUGGGGAUGGGCAGCAGGCCCCGCUCCCGGGACAGGCUCAGCUAGGCCACCUGCCCUGCAGCAGGGAGGGCCCCACUCCACCUGGGGGCCUCUGGGGCCUGCGCACCCCCUGCAGCCCUGCACUCAGCUGCAGAGGUGUCCUGCGUGAGGCUUGCCUCUCUGGGGGAGGCACAGGCCCUGCCUGGCUGGGAGAGCACCUUAGCCCUGGCUUGGGGAGCUCCUUCCGGCUGUAGGAGCCGUCUCCUGGGAGGGCAGGGACACCAUGGCUAGGGCUGUGCUACAGGGCAGAACCCAGAGGGCUUGAGCUGGGGCUAGGCAGGGUCCUGGGCUCCCCUCUGCUUAGGGGGAGCAGCCUGCUUGCUGCUGAGAUUUCAGGCUCGGGGGGUCUCAGCACUGAGGCUGGGCCGGGCUGGGCUGGGGGUGCCGCCUGCUGCUGCAGGGCCGAGCGGCGCUGCGCCUGACCCCUGGGUAGGGCUCUACCUGUGAAUGACAGUGUUUUAGCUGAUGGGGGAGGGGAUUGAGGUGGCUGUGCACCCGUCCCAUGUCAGUGCCCAGCACCACUGCCUGUGGGAGAGUGGGUGGGUCUCUCUGCACAGGCCCUGCCAGGGAAUGGGGGGCAGGAGAGCAGAGCCCCUCCAAACCUAUCUGCAGCCCAUGGGGUGGGUGGGGAAGCUGCUACUUGCCUUGGGGGGGUGGCUGGAGUCCUGCCUGCCCUGCUAGUGAUAACCCCAGCCAGCACCAGGCCCCUUCUGCGCUUCCCGAAUGCAGCUGCCUGCCCCGGCCUCCCCCAGCCGUGGGGGCACAAGGAUGGAACCCAUCUGGUUCCAGGCAGAGAAACCUUUUUCUUUCCAGUGGUUUCUUCACUCACCUCCCUGUUUGCUGGGAGGCUGUGGGCCAGGCUGGGGCUGGUCCUUGGGCCCCACUGGUCUGGGAGUGGCCAGAGGGCCCUUGCACCACUUUCUCUGAAAGCUUGAAUGGUCGUAUCAGGGCAUGGGAGCGGGUGAGGCCUGCUCCAGCCCCCAGCCAUGAUGCCAGCAGCUCUGGGAGGCCCCUGUUGUUAGUGAGCUAAAACCGGAGCAAACCCACCGGCAGACGCUAAUGCAGGAAGGUUUCCAUGUCAUUCUGGCUAGGGCGGAAAGUGGGCCAGCUGAAGUGCUGGGACUGUACGGACUAGUUGAAGGGGAACCCCCCUGCAAAGCACUGGGGGGGCGGGGGGGGCACUAGGCUGCUGGAACUCUGUGAGCAGCUCACUCAUGGAGCGGGACUUCCAAAGGUCCUCAGCCAGGGACAGAGCCAGAAACCCCGGCCUAGGAGAUCCAGCAGGGCCAAGGUGGGGAAGGCCUGAGGCCACGAGCACCGUCCAGCUGUGGCUACAUGGAGAUGCCUGUGUGGCUCACGGACUUUUCUACACCUGCCUUGCUCCCCACACCCUCUUUCCAACUCUACAAUUGUUCUCUUGGGAAGUUCCUGGCCCAUGGUUGGGUCCGAGGCUGGGGGUUUAGUGUAUUUAUUAGUGAGUGAGAAAUGUGGCCACUGUGCAAAUGACACCACGUUAUUUAACUGAAGAUGGUGAAGACUGAGAGGAGCCUGACCCAGCGGGGAGACCAGGUGCCCCCUGGCAGACGCCGUUCGGUGCUGACAGACAAAUGGACAUUGGAAGGAAUAAGUCAACCUGCUCACUUGCUGUACAGGGCUCUACAUGAACUGUAAUGACCCAGGAAAAAGGCUUGGGGGUUCUUGUGCCUGGUCAAUGGAAGCUCUGCUCCAUGUGCAGCAGUGAACAAGCAAAUAAAAAGUUGGGAUGCACAAGGAUGAAAAA